CGCCGUGGGGAAGACGUGCCUCCUGAUCAGCUACACGACCAACGCCUUCCCGGGAGAGUACAUCCCCACCGUUUUCGACAACUACUCUGCCAACGUCAUGGUGGACGGGAAGCCUGUGAACCUCGGACUGUGGGACACUGCAGGGCAGGAAGAUGACGACCGGCUGCGGCCACUCUCCUAUCCCCAGACUGAUGUCUUUCUGAUCUGCUUCUCCCUGGUGAGCCCGGCCUCCUUCGAGAACGUCCGUGCCAAGUGGUACCCGGAGGUGCGGCACCACUGCCCACACACGCCCAUCCUCCUGGUGGGCACAAAACUGGACCUCCGUGACGACAAGGACACCCUCGAGCGGCUGCGGGACAAGAAGCUGGCGCCCAUCACCUACCCACAGGGCCUGGCCAUGGCCCGGGAGAUUGGCUCUGUCAAGUAUCUGGAGUGCUCGGCCCUGACCCAGCGGGGCCUCAAGACCGUGUUCGAUGAGGCCAUCCGGGCUGUCCUCUGCCCGCCCCCAGUGAAGAAGCCGGGGAAGAGGUGCACAGUGUUCUAGGCCCACGCCGGCGGGCGGGCAGCCUGGCCACUCUGUGCCAUGUUACGAUGUGGUGUCUGCUGUGGGGAGUGGGGGGAGGGGAGCAUAGGGCGGCCGGGG